AUGUCAGACGAGAUAGCAUGCUAUACAUGGAAUGAGGGAUUGGUAAACACAGCACGUUACAUAGAAACAGUGACUAUUGUAAUGAAACGACAGCGAAUCGAAGAUCCUUAUGGUUACAGUUACGGUUAUGGUACUGGGCUAACCGCUGGAAAGCGACAACGGCAAGAUUCAUAUCAGAAGGCUUUAGCUGACGGUAAAUAUGAAUUGCGAUUACUGGUAACAAGUCGAGGAGCUGGUGCAAUUAUUGGCAAGAAGGGUGAAAGCGUUAAGAAUAUUCAAACCGAGUGCGACGCGACUGUAUCGGUCCCCGAUAGCCAAACGCCUGAACGUGUGGUACAGUUAGUUGCAGCGGUUGAAAAUGUUGUGAAAUGCGUAGAAAUGAUAAUUGCGAGAAUCGAUGAGGUACACGACAACCAGAACCGCGAUUCAGAACUGAAAGUACUGGUACACCAGUCUCAUGCAGGUGCUGUAAUUGGUCGUGGUGGAAGUCGUAUCAAGGAAUUACGCGAGGAAAACGGAGUUGAUCUCAAGGUGUAUUCAGAGUGUUGUCCCCAGUCAACAGAACGUAUUAUCCAGAUUAAUGGAAAACCAGAAAAAAUUGUGGCUUGCUUGGUUACAAUUAUCAAUACGUUGAAAGAAAUUCCAAUUAAAGGACCUUCACGUCCAUACGAGUCAAUUUUUUUUGACCCAAUGGUUGCAAAUGAAUAUGGUGGUUAUGCUGGCGAUCAUAGUGGACGGGGAAUAAGAGGGUACGGUCCGCGAGGUCGAAUUCCUUUACCUUCUUAUGGAUCAGUGCCACCUGCAUACGAUGAUGGACCAUUAGAGACAGCACAGGUAACUGUGCCGAAUGAAUUGGGCGGGACAAUCAUUGGUCGAGGUGGUGAACGUAUUCGACGUAUUCGCGAUGAAUCGGGUGCACAUAUCAAAAUCGAGGAAGAAGAUCCUAACGGUGAACGGAUCAUUACUAUAUCAGGCACACCAAGUCAGAUUGAAAUGGCACAGUUUUUGCUCCAACAAUGUGUUCGAUCUUCAGCUGCUGGACGCAAAUAUUUAAGCGCUGGCUGA